GCGCAUCACUGCACUGCGCAGAUGUCCAAGAUGGCGGACACUAUGAGCUGAUCACUAAAAAGCUACACUUUUAGGCAUAAAAUUUUUUUUGGCAAGUUCUAAAUGCUCUAGGUUUUGGAAUCCACAAUGAAUGUACUUGGUCGAAUUUUGCGGUCGGGGCGAUCGCUGAGCGCCUCAUCAAAUGCCGUUUUGAGUGGUGGUACACUCGGUCCAUACCGAAGCUCGCUAACAAGAUGGGUUCAUCGACCUGUUGCAUUAGUUCCCGCACCAAGACCUGCGGCUCCCUCUGUAGAGGAACUGCCUUGUUAUGGUGUUUUCAGCCCAUCGGUGUGUAACUUCAUAGCUGAGAGGAGCUUUGAGAAUAAGGGCUCCUCAAUUCAUGCAUGGGUCACAUCCUUCAAAGACGAUAAAUCUCUUGGCAUGAUAGAACUGAAUGAUUUUGUGUUUGGUGAAAAUCCAAGGAUUGAUAUAUUACACAGAGUGGUCGUUUGGCAAAGGGCAAAGAGAAGAGCUGGCACUGCAUGCGUCAAAGACAGGUCUGAAGUACGAGGAGGAGGACGGAAACCGUGGCCGCAGAAAGGCUUGAACAAAGCUAGGCAGGGGAGCAUUCGAGCACCGCACUUCAGAGGAGGUGGUGUUGUACAUGGUCCUAAGCCCAGGUCUUAUGAAUAUACAUUACCCAAAAAAGUCAGAAGAAUGGGGCUACGGGUGGCUCUUUCUGUUCGCCUUGCCCAGGGUGACCUUCAUAUUGUGGAAUCUUUUGAUGACAUUGAGGAUGACCAGGAUUUGAUGCCCAUUUUAGACCAAAGAGGAUGGCAAUCUGCAGUGCUCGUGGAUGGAUCGCCGAAUGAGAGACUCUUUGAGGCAGCUGCUGAUCUUGAUAAAGUUGAUGUCUUCUACAGUGAAAAUGUAAAUGUUUACAGUAUUUUGCUGCGGCAUAAUCUUAUUCUCAGCCUUGAUGCUGUUAAACAACUAGAGGAGAGACUUGGAGAAGACAACCGCAUCCUUCUCAACCAGUUUGGCUAGAAACAACUAUAGGUUCAAUGUAAAUACGAAAAUAUUAAAAUAAAAAACACACCACACUGUCA